GUCUUCUGAAAAUCCCAUUCGACGUUGGACCGCUGGGGGAAAAAAAUGUCAUUGAAGGUUCGAGCGACUUUCGUGAUGAGGUUUUUCUUCUUGGCUUUUGUCGUGGGCGGGGCCUCUGCCUUUCUGGCCACGCCCCUCAACACGAGCGACCCUGACAUCGUCAAUAUUCUGUGUCCGAGUCAGAUGAAAGGCGAGACCCGGGACCACGAGUGGCUGACGCGCGAGGCCAUCCGCCGCAACAUCCGGCGGUUCUUCAUGGCCCACCCCCCCCGCCCGGAUUUCUUCGUCCCCUACGAGGCCACGCUGACGGAGCUCUACCACGCCUACUACGGGAGCACGUCGUCGCCCACCAGGUUCAUCAAGGCGGUCAACUCCAUCGCCGCUUCUAACGUGAGGGCGGAUUCGUCUGCGCAACUUAGAUACGACCCAGCCAUCCAAGCCGACGGAGAAAGCCUCGAGGAACUGCAGGCGAUGCUCAUUGCCAGAUAUCCCCAGAUCCUAACUUCCAUCCUCCACGACGAGUCCUACUCAGCGGCCAGAGCUCUCCUCGGCACGUCCUAUCACUCCAUCCAGAAGUUCUACUCCCACUCCACCUGGAUCGAGCAAGGAAACGUUGGCAUCCUCGAAGGCCUCGGUAUCCCAGGCUCGGAUCUGGGCGACCUAGCGGGCGAGAGUGACAAUGUUUGCACCUCUUGCGCAAGUCCUCAGGGCGAGUGUUCGGCCAACAUCCUCUUGGGCUCCGGCCUCAGCACGGGCUAUUACGAAUACGAAGACGAAGUCGGUGCCAGUUUCAUGAUUCCGAAACCGCCCACGGGCGGGAAGUGCAGCCACGGCGGGGCGCUGGACCUGAGUGCCUACCAGCCUGCCGAAGGAGGCAUCAACAAGGACACGACUUCGCCUUGCUUUUCGCCACACUUCUAUCUUCAUGCUGAUGCGGCCGAGAUGGCGGUGCAGGCAACGGACCACUACCUCACCGUCAUCCUGGAAGCCGUAGGAGCCGAGAAAUACAGGCGCCUUUUCGAUCUGUACUUUGGCUCCGCGCUGUCCAUUUGCAUAGACACAACGGGUUCGAUGGAAGACGAUAUUCAGGCUGUGAUCAAUCAGGUUGAGCAGAUCGUGUCCCAUUCGACGGUCGAAUUGUACAUCCUCGUUCCCUUCAACGACCCAGCGGUUGGACCUGUCGUCUCCACCAGCGACCCUCAGGAGUUCUUAGACGCUGUUAACGCUCUCUACGCCCACGGAGGAGGCGACGGACCCGAGAUGUUCUGGGGGGGACUUCAAAUGGCUUUAAAAGAGACUCCAGAUUACGGCAAUAUUUUCUGCUUCACCGACGCCGACGGGAAGGACGGAGACCUGAUGGAGGGCGUGAUCAGCCUGGCGCAGCAGAAACAUGUCAAGGUCACCGUGAUCCUAAGCGACAUCUUCAAGAAGGACACCCAAGCGGACAAGACCAAGCAAACCAGGCUCAUUACCAGCGUCGAGGAAUACCAACGCCUGGCUGACUCCACGGGCGGCCUCCUCAUCUCCACGGACAAGUUUGAUGUCAGUGAUAUUGUCGCCAUCAUCGGGGAGGGCGUCGAGACGUCCACGGUGACCAUUGAGAGUUUGGCCGAAAUCACAGGCAACCAUUCAGUGUCCCUCCCCAUCGACGACUCUGUCUUGGAUUUCGAAGUCCGGAUUACUGGAGUCAUCAGUCAAGCUCUUCUUUAUGACAUCACAGGCACAUCCUACGACCUGACGGACAAGGGCGCCCUGGAAGCGACUCCGGGCGUGGAAGUGGUCUCCCACACGGGGACCUUCCUCGCCGUGCGCUUCCUCGCCCCUCGCUACGGCCUCUGGAAGCUCUCCGUCGACUCCGCCUACGCCUCCGCCUACGCCCUCGCCGUCUCCGCCACGUCGUCCUUGGACUUCCUCGGCGACUUCGCUCUCCUGGAUCCGUCGCCGCCACACCCGCACUACCGGAAGACCGAGGGGCGUCCGCUUACCAACACUGUCUAUUACCUGGAGGUCACGCUUGUGGGUCACCUGGAGAGCGAGGUCACCAACGUCAACAUGGUCGAAUUUGUGGACAAGUCAGGGACGGUCCUUCGAGAGAUAGCGUACGCAGGGGACGUGGCUGACCAGAUGUACAUCCGCACGGAGCCUCUGCCUGACCAUCCCUUCUACGUCAAGCUCUCGGGUCAUGUUAGUUCAGGCAAUAUGUUCACGCGAAUGAUGCCCGUCCUGAUAACACCCGUGGAGACGAGCGUGGAGGUGUGGGCUACCCUGCAGGAUCUCUCGGCCAAACCGGGUGACUCGGCUUCAGCGAAAUUCGUCGUCGCCAACUACGGCCUCGAGUCCUACUUUAACAUCCACGGCACAGACGAUAUGGGAUUCCUCGUGAAGAUGGAGCCGGAGAGGCUAUACCUGAAGAACAACGAGUCGCUGCCAGUCACGGCGUCCUUCCAAGUGCCACUCGACGCUACCCACGGCACUGUGAGCACCGUCAUCGUUACCGCUCAGAGUGUAAAGCAAACGCAAUCGGUCAACAGUGCCAUUGCGCAUUUCGUUGUUCUUCCGCAGGAAUCCGACUUCGAUAUACCCAUAUGCGAACUGUCCAAUAGUCCGAAUUGCACUGGCUUCAACUUCAAUGGCAUUUGCAACAGCAUGCAAUGGACGGCUCAUGCAACGCUCAGGGACACUCGAUCAGGUCUCUACCGCGUGGACGCUGUUCCUGAAGGCGACAGUGUCACCGUCUCAGGAUUCACGCCGGGGACAACAGCUGACGUCACUGUCGACUACACUGCCACCUGUUGCACCACGCAGGUUGAUAUCAUCGGCGUGGACGGCGUGGGGAACGUGGGGAAGUGUCACAUCGACCUGGGGAUUCUUGGGGGUCUUAUCUACGACUUCGAGGUGGACGAUGUUGGCGAGACAUGGGUGGUUCUCCACUGGAACAUCACACCCUCAGACUAUCCCAUUAACUACUACGACCUUAGCAUCAAUGGUGUUCCCUCUCAACACGUGACUUGUCGUGAUUUAUAUUGCCGAGCCCUGGUGACGUACGUAGACCCGUGUUCCUUGCAAGCUUUCAACAUCACUCCUGUGUUCGAUUUCCACGGAACGGACAUGGCUGGGUUAUCGGCCUAUACGGAUGCUGUGACUCUCGAUAAAGAGCCUGGUAUACCUUAUAACGGGACGGAGAUCGACGCGACUGAGACGAGCAUCACUAUCUCGUGGCAUCCGCACCCCGACCACGUCCUCUGCAGCUACAUGUUCGAGGUGUGCUACUUCGAAGUGGGGACAGACCCGAGCGCCGGCCUCUGCGAGCGAACAGCUGAUACCUUCUACACGAUGCAGGGCCUCGGCGAGUGCAAGGCUUAUAUUGCAGACGUGGCGGCUCUCUCGCCUUCGGGAAUGCAGAGUGCCAACCUUGAGUUCUAUGGUGUCACCCUCUGCGACGGUCUGCCCAGGGUAGGAGGACGAGGAGGAGGAGCGGACUCAGCUCUCAGAUUCAUCCCUCAGAGCACGAGUGUGGCACUAACAUGGCCCCAGACUGAUGCCACAAGUUUCCAGGUCUGUUAUUCCGAAGUAGGACGAACCCAAGACCACCAAGUGUGCGAGAGGACUUCUAAAACAUCCUAUGCCAUCCAUGGACUUCAUCCUUGCCAGGCAUACGCCACGGAGGUCACGUCCUUAGAUCCUACAGGGAAAAGGAUGCACCGAGAAAAAUCCUAUGCUGUUACACUGUGCUCUGGAAUGUCUUAGGAAAAAAAAGGCCGUUGGUUUUAAUUAGAUUUUUCCUUUUUUUUUUUUUUUUUAGUGACGUUCAUGAGAUGUGGAAUAUUUUUUUUUUAUUUUCGCUUCUCUUGAUAUGUUUAGUAUAUAAUGUGUUUGUAUAUAUCUAUCUGUGCAUCAAUGGAGAAAAAAUUGGGAAGUAGAUUAUUUAGGUAGAUAUGAAUUCAAUGACUUGACAAAAGCGAUGAGACAUGAGUAAGAUCAAAUGAAAAUAGUUAUUUUGUGGCUUGCGAUAUAUUAAAACAUUUACUAGGUGUGACAUAUGGCAGGAUUGUGUGCUAUCGUACCUUAAUAAACAUCUUGAAUAUA